CCGAGGCCCAAGCGCUAAACACCAUCCAUCCACGAGUAUAGAUCAUUGUAGAUGAUGCAGUACUUUCACUCGUUGAAGGUUCCUUGCUGUUCUUCUGUUUCUUCUCGUUCUUGACUUCAGGUACCUCCGCCACUUUGACACGCACACAGCUGAUAGAACAACAGUUGGCACCGAGGAGCCCAUACCUUCCCUUCCUCAGGCACAGCAGUCAACAGACGCGUUUGCUAUUUCCCCGGGUCGGGGGGAAGGCCAUGAUGGAGCCUCAGGCGGAGAACAACAUCCCACCACCAUCCGAACACGUGAACAGACAGAGGACCCGCCGCAGCGACGCCCACGACGCGCACACAGCGUCUUUGUUGGUUGGUUGGUUUGUUUGUGCAGGCAGCGGGAGAUCACCCCACGCCAAGCACACCUGCCAAUUCGAGCCCCCCCUGUUUCUACCCAACGACACGGCACGUGAUUGUGAGCGGACAAGUAGCUCAUAAAUAAAUGCCAAGCCCGUGUGCUUACUAUGCCAAUGCCGUGUGCUUACUAUGCCAAUACCUGUCUUGAUGCAGGUCGUGUCCAACCUACUUGGCGUCCUGCUUGGCGCUGGCGCAGGUAUGAGAAGGUUGGGAUGGAGCGCCUUAUUACCUCCUAGAUUGUGUGUAUUGCAUGUUGCUCACAGCUGCCGGCGGUCUGUACAUCUGCUUGGUGUGCUUCGGGGGAGAGGACGACGGCCGUUUGUUCACCGGCAGCAAAUGCACCAUGACGCAGGAGAUCGGAGGCCCGCUGUCUCUCGUCAUGGGUACGCGUCGAUGCCACUUCUAUGAACGACUCUGCACGUAUGUGGGCUCUGUUGUUGUCAGGGGUAGCCGCAAUGGUCGUGAGCAGCGUGUUUCUCUACCAGGGGAGAAGGUGGUAGGUGGUGCUGGGCUGGCUUGCUCGUCUCCCUGCAUGGUGCGAGGCGCGUCUUUCCGUGCCUCAUGAUAUGAUGAGUGAAUACCUAAAGGUACAGUGAAAUCCAGAAUGAGACGAAGAGGAAGGGAAAGGAGGGAAUGCACGUGAUCAACAGGCCUGUACAGACCGGUGCAGGUGGUAGUGAGGGUGAGGUGAGUCAGUUGAUGGCCGUGAUGGCAUUUGUCGGUUGGUGGUUUGUGCGUACGUUGUGAAGCUUUUCUUCCCACCUUGUUGCUGCUGUACAGGCUGUGUCUGUGAGAUGACUUUGCGCCCUUCGGAGGGGGGCACAUAAUUCAUGGUGGUUGGUUGGGUGGUUGGAUAAGUGGUUAUUGUGUUGACUCACGGAGGGAUCCUGUCAUGUCACCCACUAAACUAGCAACAUGCAUAGAGAGCUCUGCCCC